CGCACUCUCCUGCAGGCCAUCAGCCAGGCCGCCCAUCCACCGAUCUCUGGAUUCAAUCAUUAGGCCCCCAACACAUAUUGUGCACGAAGAUCUAUACGCCUAGUUGAAUGCAAUAAAAUGACUUCAUCCGCACAUCACCAUCGGCCGACUCUCAAGCAGCAAAACAAAACAUUCAAGUCUAAACAUGCCACAAAAGGAUCCCUAAAAGAGGCCGCAAAAGGCAGGACCACUAGGCAGUCACCAAAAUCCACGCCAGCGUCCAAUGUUGCCGCACAUACACGGCUGAACCGGCGAAAUAACUCGAAACAAACGCAGAUCAAGAAGCGACAGGAGCUCAUCUCUGCGACCCGCAUCUUCAGCGGAGUCGAUGGUGCUCCCCGCAUCGUUGCAGUCGUCCCUCUGACAGACGAUGCACCAGCGCAAAAUGUCGCCGUAACACUAGCACGGUCAUUGGACCCGUCCGCAGAGGGUCCAUCAAAUGGAGGAGCGUGGAAGCUCAGAGCAGACCGCUUCAAGACCUCUCUUCAAUUCGUCCCCCUCCCAUACAAGCAGCUCUACUCCACUCUUGAUGCUUGCAAAGCAGCCGACUACGUCGUCUUCGUCCUCUCCUCAACCGUCGAGGUCGACGGCUGGGGCGACACCCUCCUGCGCACGCUCCAAGCCCAAGGUCUCCCCGAAGUCGUCACAGUCGUCACCUCCUCCGAAGGCCCGAUGGAGCCCAAGGAGAAGUCGGGCAUCAUGAAGAGCCUGCUGAGCUUCAUCCAGUACUUCGUGCCGAGCCAGAGCAGGGUGUACGAUAUGCACACGGGCUCGGACGCCCUCAAUGCGGUGCGCACGCUGUGCGAGGGACGGCCGAGCGACGUCAAGUGGAGGGAGGGGAGGCCGUGGGUCGUCGGUGAGCAGGUGCGGUGGGAGGAUGGGGUGUUGAGCGUGACGGGCGUGGUCAGGGGUGCGCCGCUGUCUGCGAACAGGCUGGUGCACCUGCCGAACUAUGGGGACUUCCAAAUUACCAAGAUCAUGUCUGCGCCUCUUCCGCGUCGCUCGAAAGGUUCCGUUGAGGAGGUAAUGGAAAUUGAGCCGACACUCCUCGCCGAGCCGGACGCAUCCUCAGCCGACUCGCUCGUCUCAAGCAACGACCCCGACGACAUGUCGAAUGAGCAAACUUGGCCGACGGAGGAAGAGAUGCGCGGAGCGCCCAACGGCGCCGCCGCCGACAGCAUCCCCGACGCGAAGACCGGGACGACCCCCAAGCACGUACGCAAAGUGCCGAAGGGCAUGAGCGAGUACCAGGCUGCAUGGAUCAUCGACGAGAGCGAGGAUGAGGGAGAGGACGAGGAUGGCGAGCACGCGCAGGACGGCGAGCGGGAGGGAGACGAGGAAAUGCAGGAGAUGGAAGAAGAGGAAGAGGAAAUGGUCGAGCUGCCUGAUCAGGAGAUGGAGACCGAGAGCCGAAGGAGCGUUGCCUUCCAGGACCUGGAUAUGGAGGAGGAAGACCGACAGUUGCGGAAGUGGCGCGAGCGCAACCGUGAACAGGAGGAGAAGGAUGACAUCGCCUUCCCCGAUGAGAUCGACACGCCGCUGGAUGACCCUGCGCGGACGCGCUUCCAGCGAUACCGUGGCCUGCGGUCAUUCCGUACAAGUCCGUGGGAUCCGUACGAGAACCUGCCUCGCGACUACGCGCGGAUCUUCCAGUUCGAGGACUACAAGCGGACUGAAAGAGCGGUGCGGAAGAGGGCGGAGGAGGAUGGUUCUGGUAUUGAGCCUGGCACACGGGUUACGAUUUACGUGAAGGACGUCUCGCAAGACGCAGCCAACCCAAGCUCAGCAGCGCCUUUCAUCCUCUUCGGACUGAUGCAGCACGAGCACAAGAAGACCGUCCUGAACUUCGCCGUGCAGCGCAACACGGAGUACGACGGGUCCGUGCGGUCAAAGGACCCGCUCGUCCUCUGUGUCGGCCCGCGCAGGCUGCACGUGAACCCAAUUUAUAGUCAGCACACGCGCGGAGGCGGCAAGGGCGCGAACAACGCGCACAAGUUCGAGCGGUACCUCAGGCAUGGUGUCACGAACGUGGCGACGACGUAUGGACCUGUUGUGUUUGGCCAGCAGCCUUGCUACUUGCUCCGGGAGACGGAGGACCCUCAGGCUCCCGAAUUGGUGGCUAUGGGCAGCUUUAUGAACCCCGAUACGACGCGUGUCAUCGCUAAGCGUAUCAUCCUCACUGGACAUCCCUUCAAAGUGCACAAGAAGACCGCGACCGUGCGGUAUAUGUUCUUCAACUCAGACGACAUCAACUACUUCAAGCCCAUCCAGCUCUACACCAAAUACGGGCGAACAGGACAUAUCAAGGAGUCACUGGGUACGCACGGCUACUUCAAGGCCCACUUCGACGGUUCGAUCAACCAGAUGGACACGGUCUGCAUGUCGUUGUACAAGCGUGUAUAUCCGAAGUGGACCGAGCCCUGGAAGGAACCCAUGGCAUCCUCAUCUUCGGACGCGAUGGAAGAAUGAGAGAAUGUAUCGUCAGCUGUUGUAUCCCGUGUUGGAUGUAUCCUGGAUAGAUGUAUUUUGAAGUUCAAUCAUUUUGAUUUCUGAGACGCGGU